AUGGCUGGUAUUAAAGCAAUGACUUUGGUGGCAAUGGCUUUGGUGGUCAUGACCCACUCAACUGGAGUCUCUGGCCAAGUCACUUCGGCUCAAUGUUGUCCCACCAAUAUUGAGGUUGUACCCAACUUUGAUAUACCCCAGUAUAUGGGCACAUGGUACGAGUACGCCAAAUACCCUACCAUCUUUGAGGGUGAUGGCGUUUGUGUGAAAGCCGAGUACACGCUGCAGAAUGAUGGCGUAGUAGCUGUGAAAAACAGUCAGGUCAAUGCAAAAAACGGUUCAGCUGAUGAAAUUGUGGGUACUGCCACAGUUGUAUCCAAUGGCAAACUCUUGGUCAAAUUCCCCGUCAGCCCCUCAUUCAAUGCCGUCAGCAACUAUUGGGUACUCGACACGGACUACUGCACCUACAGCGUUGUCUACUCCUGCCAAGACAUAGACAAUCAACAAUCGUCAACAUCUGUUUGGAUAUUGACACGCGAGCGUUUGCCUACGCAGGACACCAUUGCUAAGGCAAAGAAAGUGCUGACUGACAACGGAAUCUCCUUGGAUCCAUUGACAUAUACCAAUCAAUCGGGCUAUAUGGCUGGUAUUAAAGCAAUGACGACGGUGGCAGUGGCUUUGGUGGUCAUGACCCACUCAAUUGGAGUCUCUGGCCAAGUGAUUUCGUCUAAUCGCUGUCCCACCAACAUCGACGUUGUACCCAACUUUGAUAUACCCGAGUAUAUGGGCUUAUGGUACGAGUACGCCAAAUACCCCAACUACUUUCAGGGUGAUGGCACUUGUGUGACAGCCGAGUACACGCUGCAGAACGAUGGCAUAGUAGCUGUGAAAAACAGUCAGAUCGAUGCAAACGGCACUCCUGAAGAAAUUCUGGGCACUGCCACAGCUGUAUCCAAUGGCAAACUCUUGGUCAGCUUCCCCGUCAAUCCCGCUCUUAAUACCACCACCAACUACUGGGUACUCGACACGGACUACUGCACCUUUAGCGUUGUCUACUCCUGCCAAAACAUCAUCACCCAAUCGUCAACAUUUGUUUGGAUAUUGACACGCGAGCGUUUGCCUACGCAGGACACCAUUGCUACGGCAACGAAAGUGCUGACUGACAACGGAAUCUCCUUGAAUCCAUUGUUAUACACCAAUCAAUCGGGAUGUACUUAAUGAAUAAUGUGGUGGCCCUUUGAAUUGUAAUCAUCAAACACUUAGGCUUUUUCAUAAGAUACAGUAUUGUUUUUUUUUUUUAAGAAUCUUAAAAAUUCCCUGUACAUAUGAAAGUAUGUGGCUGUGAAUCAUUGCUGGCACUUAUUGUUGACUUAUAUUGUUUGAUUUGAUAAAAUAAAAAAGUUGAAAUCCUUAAA